CAACGAGAAAAGGCCUCCUCUUAUUUUAAUCUGUAAGACCCUUGAGAAAAUUGGAUUCUCAGAUUCGUUUAAGUUGGGAUUACUUGAUGAUUCUCAUGUUCUGCUGCAAUUUGAAUCUGAAACUGAUUAUCUCCGUUGUUUAUUGAGAAACCGAUGGAAUUUUUGUUCCUCCGAUAUGCGAGUUUUCCGAUGGUCUGCAGAUUUUGACCCCUCUGUGGAAUCCCCUCUAGUCCCAGUUUGGGUUGGGCUAGAGGGAUUGCCAAUCCAUCUCUUUGAAAAACCCACCCUUUUCUCCAUUGCUAAACUCUUUGGCUCUCGACUGCAAACUGAUGCAGCCACUGUGAAUUUGAGUAGGCCUAAUGUGGCCAGAGUCUGUGUGGAGGUUAACCUUUCAAAGGAACUUCCCAAGGCUAUUUGGAUACACUUAGGAACCAAAAACUCUCGCUGGGUUAGGAAAACCAAGCCAAGAGGCAAGGUUGUGACCCCUGGCCAGCCAGUCUAUUUUCCUAGCAACGCAGCUGUGCCAACCUCUACUACCCCAAUUACCUUUGGUAGCCUUGAAACUGGUCACCAAUACGUCACAACAAAGGACAUAGGGCCCUGCCCUACAAUGAGCAAGAAUGCUCCUCCACCACGUUUGGACAGUACUGCUUUGGCCCCUCCAACUGAUGCCAACUUUGUGACUUUGGAUAGUAUUUCUUUGUCCCUCCCAACAGAUGCUAAUUUGGAUGCCUCCUAUUUGGAAUGUGCUCAACACAAAGAUACCAAAGACAACCCAUUACUGACUGGUCCAUGUGGGCUUGAACUCACGAUAGAGGGACCCUCCUGCCCCGUUGAACAGGAUUUGUCAUCCCGGAUCCUCCCCCAAUCUCAAAAUGAUGGUUACGACCCAAAUCAUACUGACGAAAAUAUGAGAGCACACGAGACUCACCGUGAGUCCUCGGAUGGCACUCCAUCAGACACUACGGUCCCUCCCAUUGGAAAUGAUGAUGCUUUAUCUGAUCCAUCUACCCACACCAAAGUUCAUGCUGGAAAAGAUGACGAGGCCGGUAAGGAUGCUCUCACCGAAGCAGAACCGGUUUCACCCCACACCCUGGAGGACAAUACUAACAUUUCUUGUUUAGGUGAAGGGCAAUCCACCACGAGGCCUCCAUUGUUUGACGGAACAAACUACACCUAUUGGAAGGAGCGGAUGAGGAUUUACAUCCAAUCCACCAACUUUCUCCUUUGGAGAAUUAUCAAAAAUGGUGAGAACGUGCCAAUGAAGAAGGUUGAGGAAACCAACGUUCCUAAGACCGAGGAUGAAUAUGAUGCGCAAGACAUAAAGAAGGUGGAAAACAAUGCCAAGGCCAUCAACAUCAUCUAUUGUGUCGUUAACCCGGAUGACUACCGGAAGAUUUCUUGUUGUACCACUGCAAAGGAAAUGUGGGACAAAUUAGAAAUCACCUACGAAGGUGAACAAAAGAAGAAGGGGAUUGCACUCAAGGCUACCUCAAGCCAAGAACCCGCCAUGGAAGAAUCAAGCGAUGAGGACAACGAGAUCGCGCUCGUCAUCAAAAAAUUCCACAAGUUCAUGCGAAAAGAGUAUGAACGAAAGGGCAAAAAGCAUGGAGGACCACCCAAGUGCUAUGGGUGUGGAGAAGUUGGGCACAUCAAGCCAAAAUGCCCAAACCCCAAAAACGAGAAGGAGAAGAAACCGUUCAAGAAGCACCGAGCUUACAUUUCAUGGGGAGGUGAUUCCGGCGAUGAGUCAUCGGAAGGCAAAGAAAAUGAAAGCGCCAACCUCUGCCUCAUGGCACACGAAGAACCACCGGAAGAGGCUUAUAGAGUCUUCAACAAACGCACCUUAACCGUUGAGGAAUCUCCUCAUGUUGUCUUUGCCGAAAAUGAUGCUCGCUUGGCGAGAAAGGUUUCUUUUGAUGAUCUUAUAGAUUCGUUGGAAAACAUCUACGACGAUGAGAAAGUAGACAACUCAAAGGAAAGCCAAGAUGAAGAAGUAGAGCCACCCGUAAACGAGGAACAACCACAAGAGGAGGAAACGCCAAUGCCAAGGGCAUGGAGGACUUCAAAGAACCAUCCUCUUGACAAG